UCAGCUGAGGCGCGCGGUGGAUCCGCCCACCCACCUUCUUCCUUCCGUGGGCGGGGACAAGGGUUUCGCGCGCCGCGGGAGAAGCAGGGCGGGGGGAGCGCCGGACUUUGUUCCUCGAGGGUCGUGACGCCGGCGUUGGCGGCGAGGGCUAGUUCCGCCGGGCCUCCUCCAGCCGCCAUGUCUCGCCAGCGCUCCCUCCUCAGCUUCUUCCCCAAGGCCCCCGCUGCGCACCACAGCCCCCCGCCCAUAGAACAGGACGAGGACGAGGGUGAUGGCGGCGGCGGCGGCGGCAGGAGCUCGCCCUGUCCGGACUCCAGUGGGCCGAAACCUCAACGUGGCGGCCGGGGCCGGCGAAGGACGGGGCUUUUGGGACCUGUUCCAGUUCCCGCUGCCGAAAGUAUCCUCGGUGAACUGGUCCCUGGUGAUUUGGUUUGGGCCAAACUUGAAGGUUACCCUUGGUGGCCAUGCCUUGUGUACAAUCAUCCAACAGAAGGGACAUUUGUCAGAGGGAGAGGAAGAUCUUCCCGCAUCCAUGUACAGUUCUUUGAUGAUACACCAUCAAGAGGCUGGGUUGGUGUCAAAUACAUAAAGCCGUAUACAGGUUCUACUGGCCGGGAAACACAGAGGGGAGGUAUAUUUUACAGCUCAAAGCCUGAAGUUAAAAAAGCAAUGGACUUGGCAGACAUUGCUUUGAAAAAAGAUAAAACCGAACGACUUGAUUUGGCUGUAUGUGACAAACCUUCAGAAAGUGAGGAGGAAGAUGAAGAAGAGAUGGAGCAGGUGAGUGAUGAGGGUGAAGAUUUUGACACUGCUGGGAAUGGGAGAAGAGCUAAAAGGACAGCUGGACGACAGCAGCAUGCUGCAAAAGCCAAAAGGAGGAGAGUGGUCAUGGAUUCAGAUAGCGGCAAUGAAGGUUCAGACAUGGAGUUUAAGCCAGAGCAAGUCAGCAGUGAUGAAGCCAGCAAUGGAGGGGGUGACACGGAGGCAUCUGACGCUGAGGCUGGUCCAAGAAAGGAAGCAGGAAAUUCUGUUAAAACCUUUAAUAAACCACCACAGGAAAAGACAAGCAAACCUCCUCAGAAGGAAAGCUUUAAAAAUGACCUUCUUGCAACUCCCAGAAGAGAAAUUAAUCUGACUUCUGAGAUUAAAAGCAAGCUAACAUCUUUUGCAGCUCCUGAAUGCUUUGAUUUUCAGUCAAGCUUCAAUGGAGGAGGAGGAGUAAGGGACGAUACCAUCCCCACUGCAUGGGAACACGAUAAAAUUGAUUGGCUCCAAGAUGAUAAAAUAAAAGAUGCCCGUAGGAGAAAGAAAAAUGAUCCAGAUUAUGAUCCAGGUACACUGUUUGUGCCAGAGGACUAUCUAAAAAACUGCACUCCAGGAAUGCGGAAGUGGUGGGAGAUGAAGAGUCAGAAUUUUGACUGUGUGAUAUUCUACAAAGUUGGGAAGUUUUAUGAGCUGUAUCACAUGGAUGCUGUUGUUGGGGUUAAAGAGUUGGGACUGGUGUUUAUGAAAGGCAGUUGGGCUCAUUCGGGCUUCCCAGAAAUAGCUUUUGACAGAUUCUCCACAGUUUUAGUCCAGAAAGGUCAUAAAGUGGUCCGUAUUGAGCAGAUGGAGACACCUGAAAUGAUGGAAGCACGUUGUAAAUCUCUGGCUCAUCCAACAAAAUUUGACAGGGUUGUACGAAGAGAAAUAUGCAGGAUCAUUACCAAAGGAACACAAACCUACAGUAUUCUGGAUGGUGACCUUUCAGAGGACCAAAACCGAUACCUUUUGUGUGUGAAAGAAAAACUCGUUGAUUCUGCUUGUUUCCAUCGUAUCUAUGGGGUGUGUUUUGUUGAUACAACAGUGGGAAAGUUCUAUGUGGGUCAGUUCCUGGACGACCGCCAUUGCUCAAGGUUUAGAACUCUUUUGGCUCAUAAUAUUCCUGUACAGAUCCUUUUUGAAAGAGGGAACCCGUCUGCAGAAACACAAAAGAUAUUCAAAGGCUUACUGUCUUCUACUGUGCAAGAAGGCUUGGCUCCUGGUUCUCAGUUCUGGAGUGCAGCCAAAACAUUAAAAACUCUAAUUGAGGAAGGCUACUUCGAGGGCCAGGAAAAUUCCAGCGGUAGACUUCUCCUGCCUCUAGUAAUCAGAUCCAUGACUGCAGAAAGUGACUCACUUGGACUUACUCCUGCGGAAAACAGUGAGUUAGCGCUGUGUGCUCUUGGUAGCUGUGUCUUCUACCUUAAGAAAUGCAUUAUUGAUCAAGAGCUGUUAUCAAUGGCAAACUUUGAAGAAUAUGUUCCUGUAGAUAUUCAUACUACAGACACAACUGUGUCAAGUAGUAUCUUUGCUAAAACUAGCCAGAGGAUGGUGCUUGAUGGGGUGACUCUAGCAAAUCUGGAAAUAUUGCAAAAUGGAACCACUGGUACACUAGAAGGUUCGCUGCUGGAAAAACUUGACAUGUGUUGUACCCCAUUUGGAAGGAGACUCUUGAAACAGUGGCUGUGCGCACCAUUGUGUAAUCCUGCUGCUAUCAAUGAUCGCCUAGAUGCAGUUGAGGACCUCCUGGCUGAGGCUGCCAAAAUGUCUGAAAUCCGUGAUUUUUUGAAAAGGUUGCCAGACCUUGAAAAAUACUUGGGCAAGAUUCACAGUAUUGGAUCAUCCCUUAAGAUCCCAAAUCACCCGAACAACAGGGCAGUUUUGUAUGAAGAGAUGAGGUACAGUAAGAAGAGGAUUGGAGACUUUUUGUCUACGAUAGAAGGGUUUAAAAUAAUCCUUGAGAUUAUCUCAAUUUUGGAAGAUAUCGUUGAUGGUUUUACAUCCAAAACACUUAAGCAAAUAGUAACAGUUAAAACUAAAAAUCCAGCAGGCUGUUUCCCAGAUCUGAAAGCAGAGCUUGAAAAAUGGGAUGCAUCUUUUGACCAUAGUGCUGCACGCAGGACUGGUGUGAUUAAUCCAAAAGCUGGAUUUGAUUCUGAUUAUGACAAAGCAGUGCGGGAGAUAAGUGAUGUUGAGGAGCGCCUCCGUCAGUAUAUGGAAAAACAACGUGAGCUGCUGGGGUGCAGAGCCAUGAUGUAUUGGGGAGCUGGCAAAAACCGGUACCAAAUGGAGAUUGCAGAAAGUGCAUUGCCUAAUAACCUGCCUGAUGAAUACGUGUUAAAGUCUACCAGAAAAGGCUACAAACGUUACUGGACCAAAGACAUAGAAAAGAUGCUGGCAGAGAUCGUGAGUGCUGAAGAACGGAGGGAUGCAGCCCAGAAGAAUUGUAUGAAAAGGUUAUUUUAUAACUUUGAUAAAAACAACAAAGACUGGCGAACAGCGGUGGAAUGCAUUGCUGUUCUAGAUGUCCUAAUAUGCCUGGCAACGUACAGUCAGGGAUGUGAUGGACCAUUGUGCCGACCAGUAUUUAUUCUGCCAGAAAAGAACACACCGCCCUUUCUGGAACUCAGAUCUUCACGCCACCCGUGCAUUAACAAAACCUUUUUUGGGGAUGACUUUAUUCCUAAUGAUAUAUUGAUUGGUGUGGAGAGUGAAAAGCCAGAUUCCUGGACUGAUGCUCGCUGCGUUCUGGUGACUGGCCCUAACAUGGGAGGCAAGUCAACACUCAUGAGACAGGCUGGCCUCCUGGUAAUAAUGGCCCAGUUGGGAUUCUUCGUACCCGCUGAAUCUUGCAGGUUUACUCCUGUUGAUCGAGUGUUCACAAGACUCGGUGCUUCAGACAGAAUUCUAUCAGGUGCGUUUUUAAAUCCUAGAGUAGAGCAACCUCACCUUCAAAAUUAGUACAUAUUGGCUGUGAUUAUUAGAUGUUCUGCUUCCCUCCACCCCCCAGUUGAAUCCGAGUUUUUAAAUGUUCCUGUACUUCAACAACGCUAAUCCAUCGCAGAGGAUGAGGCUUUAAGUAAGAUGCCAGUGUUUUUGAAGUACCAGCAUUUUAGGGUUGGGCAUUUGGUCCAUGCCAUAUAUAGUUAGGUACCUCAAAUGCCAAUUUAUAACAGUAGCAAAAUAUAGUGUUAUUAUUUUACACAGUUGAACACUGUCUCGUUCGUAAUGUAGUCAGGCUUUAAUGCCAUUACAGAAAUUGAGAUGUUUUUCAAUAUAAGGAGUUGCAGGUUUCAAGGACCAGUGUGGUGACUAGGGCAUUAUGCUUGGAUACGGUAAACAGUGAGAUCCCUGCACUGUUGUGGAGCUCACUGUGUGGCCUUAGAAGCAUCAUUUGUCUUUCAGCCUAACUUACCUUAAGAACUGUUCUGAGCUCCUGGGAAACAAGGUAGGAUGCUAAUUCAGCAAACCAAGCUAUUAAUCUUCACAGGGGAUUCAAAUUUGCAACAAGCACUGUGAGGCUCUGGGCAUUUUGUACUUAUUGUAAAAGACUAGACCUGUUUAUAUUACAGAAAAAGCAUGAUCAACUUGCACAUGCAUGCAUAUACUUUGCAAAUGAAACUGGAGCCAGUACCUGGAUAAAUGUAGGGUAUCAAUCACACAUCCAGGUGUUGUACACAGUACUGUAUUCACUGUAACUUGUGAACAGAGCCACUGUCUUGCUAUAAAAAUGUUCCUGGAGCUUUAGCCAAAUGUCUGUACUCUAUUUGCUCUGAAUCUAUACAGUUACCUGUUUCUAAAACGCAUCUAAUUUUGCUUUCUGAAACUAGAUUUCCAUUUAACUUGGCUCCAUUGAGAAAAUAGUUCACCAGUUGUAAUGGUCACGGAUGAGUUGUGAACAGAUUUCUAUUAUUUCCUGUUUAAUAAUUAUUCUCCAGAUCAGAUGUAUAGGCCUCUAUAUAGCAGAAGUUAAUGUCACAAGGUUAUGGUGAGGAUGAAGAAAGCCAUGUCAUUUGUCAGAUUCUGUGCAAAAUCUCAAGUGUCUUUGGAAUGAUUAAAAAUACACUUGUUUUUCC